AACUCCACAAGAGCCCACAGUGACAUAACUUCAUCCAGAGAAUGGCGUGAUUGGGCUGGUCCCCCCACCCUCCUCGGCUCUUGUAUCACUGAGAGUCUGGCGGCCAGUUCCACCCUGACAGAGUUCACGGCAUAUAUUAGUGGGUCCUUGUUCACCGUGCGUCUGUUUAAGGAAUUAACGGAAGCAGUGUCAAGAGAAUAAGGAUUCAAAGCAGUUGCUGAAAAUGAACCUAUGUACAUCUGCUCUUGUCUUGGCAUUAGUUGGUAGUGUCAGUGGCCAAUACUAUGAUUAUGAUAUCCCACUCUUGAUGUAUGGGCAACUUUCACCCAACUGUGCACCUGAAUGUAACUGUCCACAAAGCUACCCCACCGCUAUGUACUGUGAUGACCUGAAGUUGAAAAGUGUGCCCAUGGUGCCUCCUGGUAUUAAGUACCUUUACCUGAGGAAUAACCAGAUUGACCAUAUUGAUGAGAAGGCUUUUGAGAAUGUAACUGAUCUGCAGUGGCUUAUUCUUGAUCACAACCUUCUAGAAAACUCCAAGAUAAAAGGGAAAGUUUUCUCUAAGCUGAAACAACUGAAGAAACUGCAUAUAAACUUCAACAACCUGACAGAGUCCGUCGGUCCACUUCCAAAGUCCCUGCAAGACCUACAGCUUGCCCAUAAUAAAAUCAGCAAGCUCGGCUCCUUCGAAGGGCUGGUAAACCUGACCUUUAUUUACCUUCAACACAACCAGCUCAAAGAGGACGCUGUGUCGGCUUCUCUGAAAGGCCUCAAAUCGCUAGAGUACCUUGACUUGAGCUUCAAUCAGAUGAGCAAGCUGCCUUCUGGUCUCCCAACAUCUCUUCUGACACUCUACCUGGACAAUAAUAAGAUCAGCAACAUCCCGGAUGAGUAUUUUAAACGUUUCACUGCGCUGCAGUACCUGCGGUUAUCUCACAACGAACUGGCUGAUAGUGGGGUACCCGGAAACUCCUUCAAUAUCUCAUCCCUGCUCGAGCUGGACCUCUCCUACAAUAAGCUGAAAAGCAUUCCGACUGUUAAUGAAAACCUUGAAAACUAUUACCUGGAGGUCAAUGAGCUCCAAAAGUUUGAUGUCAAGAGCUUCUGUAAGAUCUUGGGGCCACUGUCUUACUCCAAGAUCAAGCAUCUGCGCCUGGAUGGUAAUCCCCUCACCCAAAGCAGUCUGCCUCCUGACAUGUAUGAGUGUCUACGUGUAGCGAGUGAAAUCACUGUUAAUUAACAUCUUCCCAUUCCAAUAGGUUGAAGUAUGUUCUGGAGCAGCACUUCAUGGUUAGGUAUUUGGGGGAUGUGUGUAAAGUUUUCAAAGUAUUGUUUUGUUGUUGUUGCUGUUGUUAUUACUUCAUGGAUUUUAAUUAAUGAAGGAAAUGUUUUGUGAACAUUUGCCACUUUUAAAAUAAAAGAUGAAAAGCAGGCCUAUUUCAUCGUGAGAAGAGACACACAAAAACACAUUAAACUUAAGUCUUUGUUUGUAAAUUUAGUGUUUUCUACAGCUCUAUGUUCAAAAGACAUGAAGGCUUUUUAUUGAUUGCAUGGAAAUCAGCCAAGUUUUUAUGGUCCCUAAUUUUUAAUUGAAUGACUUGAAAAAACAUGAAAUAAAUAUGCAUGAAAGUUUGUUAUCCUAAUCCAAAUUAUUUUGACAUGUUAAAUUAGUUUUACUAAAAUAUAGAGUCUGUAUUUUGAGACUAGUAAUUUUGCAAUAUACCAAAGGAAAUUUAUGAAGACACAUCCACCUAAAGAAAUGUAUUUAGUAGUAAGGAUUUGCAUAGUUACUUAAUGAAACUUUUCUUGGGUCAUUUUUCUCUGUCAUAUGUAUGUUUCUUUUUGAUUAUUUGCAUGUUAUGAAUAACA